AUGGAACUGGCCAAGAGAGGCGCUCGAGUGAUUUUAGCUUGCAGAGACAGAAAGAAAGGGGAAGCCGUAGCCAGAAACAUCAAAAAGAAGACGAUGAACCCGAAUGUCUAUUCAAUGCUUUUGGAUCUUGCCAGUCUCCACUCUGUCAGAGAAUUUGUCGAAGAUUUCAACCGAUCUGAACCACAACUGCACAUUCUCAUCAACAACGCAGCUUAUCUCGGACCCAAAGCCACCACAGAUGACCAUAUUGAGCGUUCAUUUGGCGUGAAUUAUUUGGGUCAUUUCCUUCUCACUAAACUGUUCGUAGAGAAACUACACAAGAACGCUCCCAGUCGCAUUAUCAACGUUGUCUCUGAUUCGUACCAGUGGGGUAAAUUAGACUUCCAAGAUCUUGCUAUGCAUCAUAACUACAGCAUCUACCGUGCCUACGCCCGGAGUAAGUUGUCUCAGGCCAUUCAUACUGUUGAAAUGCACAGAAGACUCUUCAAGGAAUGUAUUUGGACAUUUGGUGUUCAUCCUGGUGCUUGCAACACUGAGCUUUUGCGUAACUGGCCAGGACUCACCGGUCAGCUUUUGAGAGUUAUGGCCCGGAUUCUGUUCAAGACCCCCGAGCAAGGUGCACAGACGAUCGUCUAUUGCGCCGUAGCCGAAAAAGUCCGCGAGCAAGCCGGUAUGGUAUUCGUCAACUGCAACGCCAUCCAAUUCGCCAAAAGGAUUCGGGAUUACCAACAAGCGAGGAAACUUUGGAAUGCCAGUCUGCAUUUGAUCGGUUGUGACGACGAAAUCGAACCUGAAGAAGUAGAAGAAGCAACCCAUGAAGCUGACACUGCACUUGAAUAA